AUGAAUCACUUCUAAUCUUUUGAAAACAGCAAUUUACAAGAAAUCGAUCCUCUAGCUCUUGAUAAAAAUCAAUCUCUACCUUUAAAUACAAAGAAUUCUUCCAGAAGAGCCUGGUCUUAGAAAGAAGACAACCAACUCAGGUGUGCAAUUAAAUUGUACGGCACGAAUUGGUUGACUGUCGCUUCAGCUUUAUAAAAUAGAAAUCCUUCUCAAUGUGCUUAGAGAUGGAAACGGAUAAAGCCACAAAAUGUAAAAUAUUUUUUUCACAUUAGGAAUAUAGUAAAAGAUAAAUAUGGACAAAAAAAGAGGAUUAAUUAUUAAUGCACUUUGUUUAAAUCUAUUAAAAUAAUUGGGUUGAAAUAGCCCGAAAUAUCCCUAAUAGAACGAGCAAACAAGUUAGAGAACGAUUUGUAAACAAGUUAAAUCCCGAAAUCAAUCAAGAGCCAUUCACAGAUGCCGAAGACAAGCUUAUAAUUGAGGGAUUCAAGAAUUUUGGGUCGAAGUGGUGCAAAAUCUCCAAGAUGUUACAAGGUAGACCGGUAUUAUAACAAAUAUAUAUAUAGGAAAAUAUAAUUAAAAAUAGAUUUUAUUCAUAUCUUCGAAAGCAUUAUUUGAAAAUUGAUAACCCUUACUAUGUUAUUCCUUAGCCAAAUUAAGAAUUAUCUCAUUCGUUUUAUCGGGAACACAAAGAAAAUAGAGUCAAAAAAAUUUAGAAACACAAGAAAGUAAUUGUUUCAUUUUAUUUUGAAGUUUUCAAAAAUAACUAAUUCUAGGGCUAUCAAAAAAUAAUAAAAAAGUUAAUCCAUCUAAUUUAAAUCCAAUCUCGAUGACCAAGAUUAAAUAGAAAACUAAAUACCUUAUUAAGCAUCAAAUAAACAAGAAAAAUAAGAAAAAUUACAAUGCAGAGUACAAGAUCAACAGGAAUCGUUAAAUCUAGUAAAAACUGAAGAGCCAUUAGAAAAUGAGUAGGAGGCAAAACUUCAGAAAGAAAAAUUAGAAUAUUUCUCAUCUAAUUUUUAACCACAUUCUUUUCCCUAAAUUAAUAUAUAACCACCUUACAACCUAAUAUAUUGUUAUAGUCCUUAAUUGAGUAUGCCAUUUAUUCCUUAAUAUUUUAUGACUACCCCUUUAAUUCAAUACGGAAUGGCGAGUUAAGAAACUUUGCUUUCGAGAUCUUAGGAAAUCUAAUCAAAGAAUUCAAGUUGAUGAUUUCCAUAUUUUACAAAUU